AUGGGAUGCUUCCCCAGACCAACAGUGGCAGUGGCUUCGGCCCUGUCCGGUGUAGCGGUGCAACUUUCACGCUUGGUGGCGGCCCACGGCUCCUACGACGACUUCUGCAAUGGGCUCAAGUGUAUGCUGCUCACCUUCUUUGACCUGGCCUGGCGGCUGUGCAUGAACUUCCCCUACUUCUACAUCAUGGCCUCCGUGAUGUUCAAUGUUCACCAGCGGGUACAUAUUUAG